CAAACAAUCACCAACAUUAAAGCUUUUAGAGGAAGAACAGGGGAAAGAGUGCUCAAUCCGGCAAUCAACAAUGGCACCUACAAUUUCACCUCAGGGACGCCUGAAAGUAUCGCUGAAGAUGGCUAUCAGUCGCUUGAGGUUUGCUCAGACGAAGAAGACCGCAUUGGCCAAGCAACAGAGGAGACAGAUGGCUGAGCUGCUGGCUCUAGGUAAAGAGGAGAGUGCCAAAAUUCGUGUCGAGAACAUCAUUAGAGAUGACAUAUACAUUGAGCUCAUGGAGAUGCUAGAGCUCUACUGCGAGUUGUUAUUGGCAAGAAUUGGAUUACUGGAUCAAAAGGAGUGCGACCCUGGUCUUGUGGAGGCAGUCAAGACUAUCAUCUACGCUGCUCCGCACACUGAUAUUAAGGAAUUGGUUCUGAUUAGAGAGAUCCUCGUGCACAAGUUUGGGCCUGAAUUCACACACUCUGCCAUGUCCAAUGAGGAUAAAAUCAUUCCAGAGAAGAUCGUCAAGCGUACAAUUGUUGAAGCUCCGUCCCAAGAGCUGGUUUCAUUGUACUUGAAAGAGAUCGCCAGGGCCUAUGACGUUCCAUUUAGCGAGCUGGAUGAUGAGGACGAUUUAGAGAACAAGGACUACGACGGUGACGAUGGCUAUGACGAUGAUGAUGAUGAUGGCGAAGGUGGAAAGCCAAUUGUUGUGGAGGAACCAAUUGCUGAAUUCAAUGACCUUGGAGCUACACCUAGAAAGCUCUCCACCACCAGUGGGCUAUCAGAUCUCGAUGAGAAGCAGCACUCGCCAAUCCACGUGCGACCACCAGCUGGUACCAGCGAUAAUCCUCAUCCAACCGUCAAGAUCCCAGAUGACCUACAGAAAGCCGUUGGGAAGAAAAAGGCCAAGCGUGCGAGUGAUGCCGGGCUAAAGAAGAAGGAAGAUGAUGAUUUGGAUGCCCUGAGAAGAAGAUUUGCAGCACUCAAACGAUGAUUGGCUUAGUUGUAUAUACGCGUAUAUAUAUCAACGCAGCUAAAAUACGUUGUAAAGAACACAGCCUUAUA